AUGCCAAUCUACGCCUUCUCUUUUCCCAUACCUGAGACUAGAUUCUUCUUGGCUGGGCGCCGCGUCUACAAGUUCAAAAUCAUGCCAGGCAGCAAUAUCAGCGGAGAGGAAGAGAUGAUUAAUGAGAAGUGUGUCAGUGAGGAGCUGGAGAGCGCCGUUCGUGCUGUCCUCGCAUGCCUGGACAACCUUCAUCCAUUCACCACACAACACUUCACCAUCUUUCCCUACAAGAGUAAGUGGGAGCGUGUGUCCCAGCUGAGGAUCCGACGGGGGAGUAAAAGGCUUUCGGCGUACCCCUUCCUCAUCACGCUGUAUGUGGAAGCGCGAGACACAGCCCAUCAGUACGUAGCACAACGUAUGGAAGCCUUGGACUCCCCAGAGCCUCUGCACAGACCAGAACUGUGGAAGGCGACUCUGAAAUACUAG